UCACCUCCUCUAUUCUAUAGUUUAGAGGAGACUAUAUUGUAUAGAAGCGAAAAUUUAAGCACUACACAUUAAGAGAUAGCGACGACAUUUUUUAAAAAGGAAAAAGAAAAGGAUAAAGAAGGCAAUUUGUGACGCUUGUCAUAAAAGAGGAAAAGCAAGAGAGCAUUGAGUCCUCUCCUAUCCUUGCAUAUUGGAGUUCACAUGCACUCGGUUUCACUUCUACUGCGAUUGAGCUAAAAUCAUCGCCAUACCUUUCUUUCUCUCUCUACUACUCAUCUAGAGUGUGUACAAACCAAAUCCAGCCGUUGGACUUCAUUUUUGGCUGUGAAUAAAAUCCACAUAAUGAAGCGAGUCCAUUCUUGGCAUUGAUGGCGGAUGCGUAUAGAGAAUUAGAGAGCGGCAAUGGCAAUGGCGUUAAAGCGGCGAUGGCGAAAGCGGUGGAGCUGAGGGCUCUUCAUGCUGCUCUUAUGCAAAGCCCCAUUCCAUCUGCUUCCCCUAUUUCGCGUCAUGCUUCACAUUUAUCUGCUCAAGAUUACCCUGUUUUCACCCCUAGUUACGAUGAUGAUCCACUACCAGGAUACCAGCAAAUCUUGCUGGACAAUCGAAGUUACACGGAGAGUUGGGGCGACGGAGUUGGAAACGUGGAGGAUGAUUCCUUUGUAUCAGAUUACACAAGUGCUAAUGAAUCUUCAAGAAAAGGUGUCGUAAACUUUGAGGGGCAUAUGCACAUGCAUAUCUGCCCUUCAGCAGCAGCAGAUCACCACCACUUCUCAACUACUAAUCUACUUAGAUCAUCACCACAUCAAUUCUCCAAAUCAAGGAGAAAUAGCAUGGGCGACAUGGCAUCAAUUUCGUCGUCUUGCAACAGAUGCAAACCUGCAGUUAUAAGUAGUGAAUCAGAGCAAGGCGUCACCAGAAGAGGCGGAAAAUCGAACAUCGUCGUACCAUUGACAGACUCGCACUCCUCUCUCCAUCCACAGCCGAGGAGCAGAGGGCUCGGCCUGCCCUCGUGGCUGUUCCCUAGGUUAAAGAAGAAGAGCAAGAACGAGGGUGAUGGAGUUGGGAUUGGGAUUGGGAUUGUCUCGGUUGAGACGCUGAGGAAGGAGGUGGCGGAGGCGAAUGAGAGCCGGGAUGCAGCGCAGUAUCAAGCCGCGGAGAUGAGAUCGUCGCUGGGCGAGCUCAAGAGCAAGUUGGAGUAUUUGGAGAGCUAUUGUGAAGAGCUGAAGAAGGCUCUGAGACAAGCCGUGCAUAGUGAAAAGCUGAGCACUAAUAAGAGAUCAGGAAAAUCCAUGUAUGAAAAGGGCAUGGCAGUGAGCGAGGAAGUAAUGGUUGAGGGAUUCUUGCAGAUGGUAUCGGAAGCAAGGCUAUCAGUGAGGCAAUUCUGCAAGACUCUCUUGUGGCAGAUCUCAGAAACUGAUCAUGCUCUCGUCGACAACUUGAACUCGCUGCUUCAGCCCUACAAGCUGUCGCUCGCCUCCAAAUACUCCAAGGCAGUCGUCUACCAUUUGGAAGCCAUCAUAAACCAGUCACUCUUCCAGGACUUUGAGAACUGCGUGUUCCAGAGAAACGGGGCACCGAAGCACUUGGACCCUCAGCAGCAGCGCCAGACGCAGUUCCAGUCAUUGGUGGCGUUGAGAGACCUCGACUGGAACGAGGUGCUGAGGAAAGGUACCAAGUAUUAUAGCGAGGAGUUGAGCAGGUUCUGUGACCAGAAGAUGAGUGGGAUAAUUGCAACGGUGGGCUGCACGAGGCCGUGGGCAGAGCAGCUCCUGCAGGCGUUCUUCGUGGCUGCGAAAUGCAUAUGGUUGGUGCAUUCGAUGGCGUUUUCGUUCGAGCAGCCUUUGGGCAUUCUGAGAGUGGAGGAGAAUAUGGCGUUUGAUGCAGCUUAUAUGGAGGAUAUUUUUGCAGAUAAGCAAAGAUCAUCACAAGGUGGUAGCAGAGUCAAAAUCAUGGUCAUGCCUGGUUUUUAUGUGCUUAAUAGAGUGCUUAGGUGCAAGGUUCUCUGCAGAUAUAAAUCUCUAUCCUAAUACUCAAUCUUGUCAGUUUUAUAUGAAUCUGUAUCCUACCUAAUAAUACUCAUAUUUCUUUAA